GAAGUAUUGGAUAACGGAUAACCCUCGAAACGACGAAGCUGCGGAAGAGAAAACCACAUCCUUGUGAAGCGUUUAAGAGGAAGAAGAAGAAGAAGAAGAAGAUAAAUCGAUUCUUUAUCUGGAAAUUCAAUGGCGGUUUCUUCUGUAACUUCCUUCAUAUUACCCUCUUUCGCCAACCUUUCAUCUUCUUCUUCUUCCACCAAACAGAAAGUCUCUUUGCUUCCAUCUUCUUCUUCUUCUUCGUCUACUCAUGGCGGCAUUGGCUCCUGCGUCCUUAACAAACCCUCCAUCUCGUUUACGAAGAAGGUCUUCGCAGCUCCCGAGACCCUUACUCCGGAAACCCUCGAUGAACCCGCCUCUGAUGACUUCUCCGAGGUUCCGAGCUCUUCCUCAAUAAGUGUUGACGCAGAUAAGAUGGCGCCAAAGCAAAAGAUUAGGAUAAAGCUUAGGUCAUACUGGGUGCCUCUCAUUGAGGACUCAUGCAAGCAGAUACUAGACGCUGCGAGGAACACCAAUGCCAAGACGAUGGGUCCUGUUCCCUUGCCAACCAAGAAGCGUAUCUACUGUGUUCUCAAGUCUCCCCACGUCCACAAGGAUGCAAGGUUCCAUUUUGAGAUCAGGACUCACCAGCGGAUGAUUGAUAUUCUCUACCCUACUGCUCAAACCAUCGACUCCUUGAUGCAGCUGGAUCUUCCUGCUGGUGUUGAUGUGGAAGUGAAGCUCUGAAACUACAAUGAGGCGAUGGGCACUUGCAUUGCAUGAACAGACUGUUCCUGAUAGAAUUGGUAAACCAUGUAUCAUCCUUUUGAGAGCCUAUGUAAUGAAUAUUAUCAGCAAAGCUGGAAUCUUUAUGACAUCUUUGUUCUUAGUUAAUGAACAAAUCUGCAAGUAAGCAAAGUUCAAAGAAAUC